UCCCAUUGGUUUCUAGAGUUUGUCCAAGUGAUGUCUGCCGCAUCUGGAAAAGCGGUGCCAAGCUGCGCGUUGAUAUCACUUUACUGGGCUUUGAAAAUAUGAGCUGGGAGAGAGGAAGGCGUAGUUUAAUUUUCAAGGGAGAAGAUACUGGAGGUUGGGCAGAACUAAUCGAGAUCAAUCACGAUGAUAAGUUUGUUACAACGGAGCGUUUUGAGAUUUCACAGCACAUGAAACGUUUGACACUGGGAUCUAUGACACCAAAAAGAAAAGAUGUGGAAAGACGCCUUACAUCUCCGAUUAUUAAUACGUGCCUUGAUACAAAAAAUAUUGCUUUUGAAAGAACCACAUCAGGAUUCUGGGUCUGGAGAACAGAAAAAGCAGAAGGUGUAAAUGGUUAUGAAGCCAAGGUAUACAUUGCAAACAAUGUGAAUGUGGUCACAAAAAUCCGAACGGAGCAUCUAACAGAAGAGGAGAAGAAAAGAUAUAAAGCUGACAGGAACCCCCUGGAAUCCUUUCUGGGUACAGUGGAGCAUGAGUAUGGUGCUCAGAGUUCGACCAAGACAACAGAGUAUGCUGCAAGUAACAAUCCCACUGCUAUCACCCUGGAGGAAUACUUUGACCCAGAAUUUGAUCUGAAAGGCAGAGACAUAGGAAGACCGAAAGAAGUCACCAUUCGAACGCAGAAAUUUAAAGCAACCUUGUGGAUGAGCGAAGAGUUUCCCUUGUCACUUAUGGAACAAGUCACUCCCAUCAUCGACCUGAUGGCCAGAACUAGCGCGCAUUUUGCCAGACUUAGGGAUUUCAUCACCCUGGAAUUUCCACCAGGAUUUCCUGUCAAAAUUGAAAUUCCCCUGUUUCAUGUUCUGAACGCCCGAAUUACAUUUGAAAACGUCAAUGGCUGCCGGACAGCUGACAAAGCAUCAUCACAAAUGGUUGGAGGUGCACAGUGUGAUCCAGGUGCUAAUUUCGAGGUUGACCAGUCAGUGUUUGAGAUUCCCAAAUCCUACCAUGUCCAGGAUGACAGUAGGAACAUACACGUGCAGGAUGAAGACAACGAGAUCAUGCAGUUUGCUAUUCAGCAGAGUUUGUUGGAGUCUGGUGGAAAUAAAGAAGUGGGGGUGCAUGCCAAUGGAGCCGUUGCAUAUUCACAGGACUUCAAUAUACAGUAUCAGAGGGCUCUGCAGGAGAGCUAUCUAACAAGCUCAGGUAACUCACACUGCAGCACCCCUAGCGAACCUUCCAGUUUUGAGAAGGACUUGCAGCUCGCCAUGGAGUUGUCUGUGCGAGAGCAGGAGGAGCGGGAGAAGCAGCGUCGUGAAGAGGAAGAUGCGGAGCUUCAGCAAGUUCUACAGCUUUCUCUUGUGGAAAAAUAACUCCAUAGCGAUCUCCUGAAAGAAGGAUGACCAAACCUGUGUAAAACUGAAGGCUUUCAGAGCCGUCAGUCUGAAGACCACUCCGCAAUUGCUUAAGUCAACAUUUCAUCUGCCUUCUGAGUUGGCAUCAUCAGCUGCAAAAAGCUGA